AUGUGGGUCGCGAACGAGGAUGAAGCACGACGCGAAGAAAAGCCGAUCAGUUGUACGCACAUCGUCAGCAACACGGAGACAUGGGACCUACAAUCACGCUUCUUAUCGUGGCCCAAGCUCCUACGCGUCACGGCUUUUGUGAUGAGAUUUAUCAACGCAAAGCGGACCACCCAUCCGAUCGCGUUUGAUCGGUCUGACCCGGCGUCCGUGGCAUUUCCGUUCUGUUUACAAGCAAAGGAAAUUGAAUAUGCCAAGCAUUACUGGUUACGGAGGAUGCAACAAGACGCCUUCGGUGCGGAGCUCGACUCUCUCUAUCGCGGAAAACCGGUCGUUUCAUUCAGUCCGAUCUCGAGUCUGCACCCCUUUCUCGACUCGAAUGGGCUGAUAAGAGUCGGGGGAAAAUUGGGCAACGCACCAUUGACUGACGGAGGCAAACACCCAGUGCUGCUGAAGGCUCAUUCGCUGCUCACUCAAGUGAUCGAGCACCAUCACCUUCGAACUUUGCACGCGGGACCAGAGCUCACUUUGGCAUCGUUGCGCAACGAAUACUGGAUCCUCCGGGCGCGCGCUGUAGUUCGAGCUGUCCUGCACCGCUGUGUCAAGUGUGCCCGUGCGAGGGCUGAACUUCCAGCAGAACUGAUGGGUCACCUUCCACAGGUCAGAGUGACAAGGUCCGAGCGCGCAUUUACUCACACGGGCAUUGACUACGCCGGCCCAAUAGCGAUUCGGACCACUCGAGGACGGGGAUGUAAGUCUCACAAGGCUUAUAUCGCUCUCUUUAUCUGCAUGACGAUUAAGGCCGUCCAUAUCGAGCUGGUCAACGACUACAGCACAGCCGCCUUCCUCGCAGCCUAUGUGCGAUUCAGCGCUCGAAGAGGCAUCCCAAGAGCUAUUUACUCCGACAAUGGCACCAAUUUCCAAGGAGCUAAACGAGAACUUCGAGCGGCUCACCAAAAGGCUCUCCGAAAUCCAGAUUUCCUAAAUCAGCUCACCACUGUCGGAGUUCAAUGGCACUUUAUGCCCCCAUCUGCACCUCACUUUGGCGGUUUGUGGGAGGCAGGGGUCAAGAGCAUCAAACGGCACCUCAAAUGCUGUAUUGGAGCGCAAACUCUCACAUACGAGGAGAUAAAUACCUUCCUCUGUCGGGUUGAAUCCUGCUUAAACUCACGACCCCUCACAGCGGUGUCCGAGAGCCUUGACGAUUAUCGGCCGAUCACUCUCGGCCAUGUUUUAAUUGGGACUUCCCUCUUCUCGCUACCAGAGCUAAGCCUGCUCAGUCUGCAGGAGAAUCGGCUGUCACGCUGGCAGCUCGUGCAGAAGGCAGCCGAGGACUUUUGGAGAGCGUGGUCAUCCGACUAUAUAAGCACACUGCAACAGCGUCCAAAAUGGCGGGUCGCCACACGACUCGCUCAAGUAGGGAGACUAGUGCUGUUACGAAACGCUCACCCACCACCCAUUCACUGGGAACUUGACCGCAUCAGCGCCUGCCAUCCCGGGAACGACGAGUUAACUCGGGUCGUCAUCGUAACAACGAGUCGAUCAUCCUACGUGAGGCCCAUCACUAAGUUUUGCUUCCUGCUGGUCGCGGAGCAGGACCAAGUCGAGACCGGCCUCGCUGCCACAUGA